AUGAAGUUCUCUUCAGUUAUCUACAUUCUGGUACUAUUUGGUCUCACCAGAUCUAUACCAUUGCCCAAGAGUAAUAAUGCUAAAGGCAUGGGACAUGAGAAGUUUUCUGAAUCCCAAAGACAGGUUUUACUGUACAGGCUAGAUCAUGCAGCUGGCGAUGAACAUCAAUUGGGUUUCUUCAAGAUGUUACUGUUGUCUCAAAAUUCCGUUGGUAGUUGUAAAGAACAGGGAAAUUGUAUUGAAGACAUAGUCAAUACAAUAGAGCAAGUCGCCCUAUGGUACACAAUAAACCUUGAAGCCAGAAAUUUAACUGCAUUACAACAGGCUAAAUACUAUACCGAGCAAUUGAAAGAUGUGGAAAGAGAUUAUCAGACAAGAUUGAAUUCGUUACCUGAACCGUUUAAAUAUUGGUAUGCCCUCUCAAUGAAUGAAUCGAUAUCCAGUUUCCUAGGUUAUGAAUUGAAAAAAUUACAAAAAUUACAGUUGGAAUUAUUAGUAGCAGGUGAAUUUAAUAGUGUUUGGAUUAAAAUUGGUGAAAUUUCUGCUCAUUGCUUUGCAGCAGUACAAUCAGGCGUUAAGACAUUCCAAAUCAUGGGUUUUAAUUUUGAUGCAAACCAAAAGGCUACUAAUAAACUGGCAUCGUGGUUCCAUUUCCAAUACGAUUCACAAGUUGUUAAGCGUUUGUUUAAGGAUAAUUUUAAUGUGGGCAAAAGAGACGAAAGUCCACCGAGAGAUAUAGCGGCUGACAUGAAUUAUCUACGUGAAGGCCUUUCAAUUACAAUAAAAGCUGGUAUGUUUCUGUUACUGUGCAUGCAAUAUCAGGUAUACUUGUGCUCAGUUGCAUUCGGGUUCAUGAUUUCGAUGAGUUGUUUCAUAUGGAUCUCUGUGUACUUGGAGAUGCUCUCAACUACUGUCUAA